AUGGAGCCAGACGGCAACGGAGAAACGGCAGUGCCUAGCGCGGCAUGUCAUCAACCUCCCAUGAACCACGACAACAUCCAUCGAUCAGGUUCGUCGAACAUAGGCCUGCAAGGGCUUGCGAUUGAGGGCAACAUGAAGGAAGAGACCGCGAAGCGCAAAGCUGAGGACGAGCCGUCCUCGCCGACCGCGACGAAACGGGUCAAGCACAAUGAUUCGGCCGAGCCAGAGAAGAAACCGGCGAUGAAGCCGAUACCCUUUCCAGAGAAGCCCGCUGUCAUCGAGGAGCGCACCGGCGAGAUCGAAUUCCGAGUAGUCAACAACGACAACGAGCGCGAAUCCCUUAUCAUCCUCACCGGCCUCAAAUGCAUCUUCCAGAAGCAGCUCCCCAAGAUGCCGAAAGAUUACAUCGCGCGUCUCGUCUACGAUCGGACCCACUUGUCGAUAGCUAUCGUCAAGAAGCCCCUCGAAGUUGUCGGCGGCAUCACUUAUCGUCCCUUCAAGGGCCGCCAGUUCGCUGAAAUCGUCUUUUGUGCCAUCAGCUCCGACCAGCAGGUUAAGGGCUACGGCGCGCAUCUCAUGUCUCAUCUCAAGGACUAUGUAAAGGCCACGAGCGACGUGAUGCACUUCCUCACUUACGCCGACAAUUACGCCAUCGGAUACUUCAAGAAGCAAGGAUUCACCAAGGAGAUUACCCUUGAUAAGAGCGUUUGGAUGGGUUACAUCAAGGAUUAUGAGGGUGGUACGAUUAUGCAAUGCUCAAUGCUGCCGCGGAUCCGAUAUCUCGAAAUGGGCCGCAUGCUGCUCAAGCAAAAGGAGUGCGUGCAGGCCAAGAUCCGCGCGUAUUCAAAAUCGCACAUUGUUCAUGCCCCUCCGAAAGAGUGGAAGUCCGGCGCGAAGCCCAUCGACCCGCUCAGCAUCGACGCCAUCCGCGCAUCCGGUUGGUCCCCGGACAUGGACGAGCUCGCGCGCCAGCCUCGCCACGGCCCCAACUACAACCAACUCCUCCACCUCCUCAACGAUCUGCAGAACCACCAGUCGGCGUGGCCCUUUCUCGUGCCUGUCAACAAGGACGACGUUGCCGAUUACUACGAGGUUAUUAAGGAGCCUAUGGACCUCAGCACCAUGGAGACCAAGCUCGAGGCGGACCAGUACGCCACGCCCGAGGACUUCAUCCGCGACGCCAAGCUCAUUUUCGACAACUGCCGCAAGUAUAAUAAUGAGUCUACGCCGUACGCGAAGAGUGCCAACAAGCUGGAGAAGUUCAUGUGGCAGCAGAUCAAGGCCAUCCCCGAGUGGUCUCACCUCGAGCCGUAG